GACUUUACGGUCAAAACGGGUGUUUUAAGAAUAACGAAGAAAGAUGCAUAACCUCUCCUCCACAAGCCCGUUCGGGGUCGAUUCGCCUCUUCCUCCAUUCUCAAUCGAGCAUGCCCCGAUCAAGGUUGCUGGUAUAAUUUUGCACGACAAUGAAUUUUCUAUUGAUGAGGUCGAAUCAGGCUGCUGCUCCUGCUGAACUGCCGCCUUCUAUUCAGCCCGGGACUAGCUAUGUGUCAAAGCCGAGUAGUGGUACACUUGGUGCACUUUUUGCGGAAGAUCCCUUAUUACAGACCAAGUCAUUUGAGAACCAUGAUGGUGACAGCGACGGACAUGGGAAUGAUAGUGGGUUUAUUGCCGGAUCAAUUGGGACGGGGAAUCACAUUGAAGUUACUGAAGGUGAAGGGUGGAUAGCUAUUCCAAAGAGUAAUCUCUUGCUCCUUUUUCUUGUCAUGUAGAGAGCUGCUGCACUUAUUGUAUAUGGAUGGUAUUAUCCAAAAGAGCUUCCUGAUAACUGGAGUGAGGCACCAGACAUAACUUCCUUGCGCUUGCUCGACCGCUUCUUUGUUUUUCCUGGCGAACAAGUUCAGGUCCUAGCAUGCCUGUCAGCAUAUAAGAAGGAUACUGAAAUUAUUACACCAUUUAAAGUUGCUGAACUUAUGAACAAAAAAGGGCUUGGGGAGAAUAACCACAAAGAAGGGGAAUGUUGAAUCUGAGAAAGAAGUUUCUGCGGGUGCAUCUCUUCUGAGAAUGGAAGAUUACAAAAGACAGACUGAAUCCCUGCUGCGAAGGUUUAAAAACUCUCAUUUCUUUGUCCGAAUUGCUGGGUCAGAGGAGUCACUAUGGACAAAAAGAAAGCUUAUGGAAGACUCUUCUGGUUUUGAUGAAAUGUUCAUGGGGAUUGGUUUAGAUGCUAGGCAUACUACAAAAAAGAAGCCUCCUUCAAUGGCUGCCAUUGAUAGAGGGAAUUUUGAUUCCAUCACAUCUGGAGGAGUGGGAAGGAAUGCUGCCAAGUGUUGCGCUCUUCCCAAUGGAAAUAUUGGGGAUACAGGUACUUUUACAGAUAAAUGUUGGUGUUGAAUUUGUGAGGGAUCCUGUAUUGGAAAUUCUUCAGUUUGAGAAAUCUCAGGAUAGAAGUUUGUCUUCUGCUGGCCAUGAAAAUUCAGUGUGUCCCGACCAGGAUCCAUGUGGUGAGCUCUUAAAGUGGUUGCUUCCUUUAGAUAAUUCUAUUCCUCCUCCAGCACGAUCCCUAACCCCACCUCAUUUGACUUCUACUGCAAGCAUCCGAAGUACAUCUACAAGGGUUACCUUAUCCGGACCAACUGGAUCUCAGCUUUUCUCUUUUGGAAACCUCAGAAGCUACUCCAUGUCUUCACUGCCGCAAAAUAGUUUACCACCUUCAUCAACUUCAACCCCCAAUUCUGGACCCAGCUUUGAACCAGAAGAUUGGGAGCGGUUUUCAUUUCGUAAGGCAAUCAAAAGUGAAAAUAGCGGUAGCAGAGGGCUUUUGUCCUAUAGAGGUGUAUCAUUGGAACCUGAAAGAUUUUCUGUACAUUGUGGUUUGGAAGGGAUUUACAUACCUGGAAGGAAAUGGAGGAAGAAAAUUGAAAUAAUUCAACCACUUGAAAUCACUUCUUUUGCUUCUCACUGCAGCAUAAAUGACCUCAUAUGUGUUCAAGUAAAGUGUUUUUCAACACCCCUCUCGAGCCGGAACUUGUAGAGCGAAUUCUCCAAGUUUUAGUGGAAAUGUAUGACAGCCAGAUGUUUGAGCUGACAAAUGAGAAUGUUGCUCCAGAACACACACCUGAUAUCGUUGUGUAUAUAGAUGCCAUAUCAAUUGUCUUUGAAGAAGCUUCCAAAAAUGGGCCACCUUUAUCUUUACCAACUGCAUGUAUAGAAGCUGGGAGUGACCACUGUUUACCAAAUCUAGCUCUCAGGAGAGGUGAGGAACACUCCUUUAUUCUCAAACCAGCAACUUCCAUGGGGAAAAGAUCCAAGGUCAGUAGUGAGAAAAGUUCACAGCUAUCAAGCUCUAGUCCUGGAAAUGUAGCAUCCACAAGACAGUACUCUUUGAAUGACAAGUGGAGAAAUAGUGUGUCGCCCGCUGAUCGUUAUGCAAUUCUUGUAUCAUGUAGAUGCAAUUAUACCGGGUCUAAGCUGUUCUUUAAACAGCCAAUAAGCUGGCGACCACGCAUUUUCAGGGAUUUGAUGAUCUCUGUUGCAUCUGAAGGGUCAAAACAAACUUUAGGAUCCAAUGACAGAGCGGCAGAGCUUCCAUCCCAGGUCCUAACUCUUCAAGCAUCAAAUUUGACAUCUGAAGAUCUAACAAUGACAGUGCUCGCUCCAUCCUUUACGUCUCUGCCUUCUGUGAUGUCAGUUAGCUCACCGACAUCACCAGGAAGUCCUUUUAUUGAUUCUUCUAGGCUCUCAGAGAAAGUAAAUGACAGGAAAGUUGCUACUUCUCGUCAGAGUGCCAGCGCAGCAUUAGAGAGUAAAGCAGUACAGGUGUCAAGUGGUCACAAGAGAUCGGUUUCGUUUGAUGAGCGAGUCAUUUAUAUACCCGACAUCCAUCCAAGUAGUGAUUCAGGAUGUUCACAUUUAUGGUUGCAGAGUAGAGUUCCAUUAGGAUGUGUUCCUUCUCAAUCGACAGCCACUGUCAAACUUGAGGUUCUUCCCCUGACAGAUGGCAUCAUCACCCUUGAUUCCUUGCAAAUUGAAGUAAAAGAGAAAGGCCUCACAUACAUACCGGAGCACUCUCUGAAGAUAUAUGCAACUUCAAGCAUUUCAAUUGGGGUGCAAUGAUAUUUUCCCUGAUUUUAAGUCACUCACAUCGGUGGAGUAAGGUGUCCCUCUCUGGUUCUCUUGCCAUUUAUUAUAUGCAUUUAUUAGUGAUGGCUUUGUAUCUACUAUUCGAUAGUGGGGUGGAAAUUUCAUUCGCCGCCUUUAGAUGAGGUUGGCCUUGGUAUGAUACGCCAUUUCUGAUCAAGCACUCUCUCUCUCUCUCUGUGAAGCAAACAUGCUGUUUUGAACUUUCUUUGGUGAUUAAGGAGCAUAUACUAUCAUGUCCCUAUAUAAAGUUCAUGUUUUACCAUUACUAUUUACAAUUAUAUAUUUAUAAGAUCUAUGAUGAUUGAUGAAUUAUUACGUACUAGUAGUAUUUUAAAGUGAUAUUCC